AUGGUCCAGCUUGGCAUGACGCUGGAGGCGUUGAUGAAGCUGGCAAGAAAGAUGUGGGCGGCAGAUGACCGCGUCAACAACGCCAUGACACUGAUCCUGAACAAGGCGCGGGUCUUCGAUGUUGGCCGAGUGGUUCAACCAUGGACCCCCAGGCUGCCAACUGUCGCCACAAGAAGUUCGAGUGUUUAG